GAUCAGCGUGAACCACGUGGGUCUCUGCUCCGAAAUGUUUCCUGUGUUUGGAAAGAGUUCCAGCUUCAUCACGGAGUUUCUCUCGGUUUGUGGGCUCAUCUAAAGGACCAACGUGGACAGAGAAGUCAGUGCUCUCAGGAGGCUGACAAACCUCACAGAAGAAAGAGACGAGUGACGAGUGUGGGAAGGAUUUUCCUCAAAGCUUCACUAAAAAAGCAUCAGGCCAUCCACAUGGGAGAGAGACCGUUCAGCUGUGAAGACUGUGGAAAGUCUUUUACCAAGUCUAGAGACUUUAAAAGACACCAACUCAUCCACACUGGAGAGAGACCGUUCAGCUGUGAAGACUGUGGAAAGUCUUUUACGCAGUCUGCAAACUUAAAAAAGCACCAACUCAUCCACACUGGAGAGAGACCGUUCAGCUGUGGAGACUGUGAAAAGUCUUUUACGCAGAUGUCAAACUUAAAAAAACACCAAAUCAUCCACACUGGAGAGAGACCGUUCAGCUGUGACGAGUGCGGCAGGUCUUUUACCCAGUCUGCAAGCCUAGUAAAACACCAAACCAUCCACACUGGACAGAGACCAUUCAGUUGUAACUUCUGUGGAAAGUCUUUUCCCUCAGCUUCAAGCUCAAAAAGACACCAGGUCAUCCACAGUGGAGUUAAAGCGUACACCUGUGAUCAGUGUGGCAAAGCUUUUACUCAGCGUAGUAUCUUACAGAGUCAUCUAGUUACCCACUCUGGAAUUAAGGCAUACACCUGUGAUCAGUGUGGAAAAGCUUUUACUCAGCGUAGUGGCUUACAGAGUCAUCUAGUUACCCACUCUGGAAUCAGAGCAUACAGCUGUGACAUUUGUGGAAAAACUUUCAAUCAUCAAUGGAAUCUGAAAAACCAUCAACAUAGACACAAUAGAUACGAAAUGAACUAUUGCCAAGAAUGUGGUAGAGGUUUCACCACAUCAAAUAAGUUAAAACGACAUGAACUCAUUCACAGUGGGGUUAAAAAGCACCUCUGUGACCAGUGUGGGUCGUCUUUCACCACUUCGAGUCACCUUAAAAGACACAAAAGAGUCCACACAGGAGAGAAACCAUACAAGUGCAGACACUGUGAAAAAAGUUUCUCGCAAACGAGUUCUCGUAGUCUUCAUGAACGUAGACACAUUAAAGGAAACUUCAGCUGUGGCCAGUGUGACAAGAGCUUCAGGAAUCUCAGUUCAUACUCCGAACACAAACGAUCCCACUUUACUAAUAAACUGUUUUACUGUUACCAAUGUGCCAAAACAUUCACUUCAUUGUCUGCUCUGUGCAAACAUCAGCGUGAUCACGCAAGGCUGAAAUCACUCCCAUCACAGGAUCACAGUGAAUCUGAAGAGACAGAAAGAUCCUCUUCUGGUUUCAGGGUCAGACUUAAAACCCUUGAGAUCAGGCUCCACAGAGUUCAGGUGGAAUCUCCUGUAAAGAUCUGAUGAGGCAGCUAUGAAUGAAAAUGUGCCUCUGGCUACAUUUUAAGCUUUCUAAACUGUUCUACUGUAAUGUUCAUGUUGAAUGGUUAGCUUUGUUUCAGUAGUUAGAUGAAGAAAUCAGUUUCCUGUUAUGACUAGGGAUGGGUAUCGUUUAGGUUUUAUCCGAUACCAGUACCAAACCGGUAUUUUUGAAACAAUGCCGGUGCUUAAAGAAUGGAGAACACAAAGUUUGUCCUAAAAUCUCUCAUGUUUAGCUGUUUUUUUGUAAAAAGAUAACAAUGUUAGCCUUUUCUUCAGCUAUAGGGCAUAUAUGGUAUCACUCGUGGCUGGAAGCAGUGCUUAAUCAAUGGGGGGAAAAAAACACAAACUUUGUCCAAAAGUUUGUGUUUUCCACUUUUUCUUUGGUCAUUGUUUGCUUUUUUGGCCAGGGUGAAGGGAGUAUCUGCCAUCAAACAAGAAGACAGCCGCAUGUAACUACGACGGGGUUUGCUAGUUCACCUUACAUGCAUUAAUGUAAUAACGUGGUUAGCCUACUCAACGUAAAUUACACACGAACAACAUUAAGCUACUCACGCAGGGAAGAACGGCUGCUGCUGCCAUCAUCAUCCGUCAUCAUUUCUGCUACACUGGCAGGGCUAGGGGCCAGGACUCUCCUCUUCGGGUUUUUGGGGGAUGUUGUAGAUGUGCUCGGUGUGAGGUCUCGCAGCAAGCUAUCAAAUACGGCGCAUUUCUCGGCUUUUAACAAAAUGCUAUAUGUCGGCAGGUGUUUCAUCAGAUUCGAGGUGUUACCUCCUUUGCACAGUAUCACAGUAUCAGCUUAAAGCACUUGUUGCAAGCAGCUGAGUUUGCAUAUUUUGCUGUGAAGUACAGCCAGACUUUUGACCGCUUCGCCUUGGGCAUUUUUAAUCUGUAGCUCUGCUCUAAAAGAACGUACGUACCUGGGCCUGCCUACUACGCUUGCAAAGGUAAAAUGAUUGGCUAGAAUCCAAAGUGUAUGACAUCUCAGUAAAAAAAAAAGCACCGAAAUGUGCGCUGCUUUUCAGUCUGGUUGCUACCGUUUAUGUCAGAACCGGUGCCAUCAUGGCACCGGAUACCGGUACCCAUCCCUAGUCUUCAGGCAAUUGCACUUGGAUAAGCUAAAUUCAUGACAGGCAUUCAAGCAGUAAUGUCUGGACUGACAACCAAACAUACCAAGCUUCUGUGUUUGAGCCAGAGACUGCACUUGUGGAUAAACAAUACAAACAUUUUAUAUUUAUUAUAUCAGUAAUGUAACUUAAAUAAAAAGUUAUGGGAAGCUUACACUUAGUUUCAGAAUAAUUAGAUCUGUUUUAUUGAAAAGAUUAAUAAAGUUUUAAAUUGUAUGACAAAUAAAAUAAUAAAUUAUUAAAAAACACCAGCUACAAUAUUGGUAAUAUGUGUGUUGUUCAGCAGACCAGUGUCCAGUAUGUUGGCUAAUAGACUUUAUUUAUAUUUGAAAAUAAAAGUUGGGCUGAUUUUAAUGCAUUACAAGGAGUGUUUUUAAUUAUUAUUUUUUAAAUAACAUACAGUGUUCAUAUUAAGUGUUGAU